AUGGAAAAUAAUUCUCCGGUAGAAUUUGAAGGAGAACUUGAUAAUUCACAAGCAGAAAUCUAUUUACUACAGUACCCAGAUGAAACUUUGCAGGAUCUGGUUUCCCUUGAGGAACUUCACAUUGAUGGGCUGAGAAAUCGAACGUUUGGAGAAGGAUUUAAAUACACCAACAUCACGACACUGAAGAUUGGAGGAAACUGCAACAUGAGGGACGUGUUGAAUGAAACAUUCCGCUAUUUAAAGAGAAUAACACACUUAGACAUGAUAGAUUGUGAAAUAACUGAUAUUGGUCAAUCCGCAUUUGAACCUCUCCAAAACAUUCACAUGUUAGACAUAUCCCGAAAUUCCGAUCUUGGAUUUGACAAGGUUUCUGCAAGUUUGUACGGUCUUCGUACUUCUUCACUGAAAAUUCUAAGAGCCAAUAAACUGUACAGAUAUCGAGGUAUCGGCAUUCUCGUGACUGUGGAACACGUUAAAUACAUGUCUGGUAUGGUCCUUGAAGAAUUACAUUUGGAUGAUCACCGGAUAGAAUUAGUGGAUCCUCGAGUACCCGUCCUAAUGCCACAAACCCUGAAAGUUCUUUCAUUGCGAGAAAACAUGUUUUUGUUUGGUUUGUAUAUUCUAACAGCAACAUCUAUGACCAACCUACAGUUUGUGGAUGCUUCGAUGGGUCACAUGCCCCACACUAAUCCAAUUUCAGUACAGCUUGAUUCUUUCCUCACGGAUUUAGAAGCCAACCCUCAUAUGACUCAUGGCGACACUUCACGAGCUUUGGAAAGUUCUGUAUCAAACUCUAUAAAAAAAUAUUUUUCUCCACUUGAAGAUAUUUUUACUGGUGACCCACCAUGGCCAGGGAAUUUCACCAUAAAUGUUCCUCCGAAAGGAACAUAUGCAAACUUCAGCAACGCGAAACUGAGUUACACCAUUCCCAGAAUUAAAGUUGGUGAAAACAGACUUAAGUUUGUUGAUGCGUCAUAUAAUUUCUUUACACGGGUGGUUGGACCAGUUAUUGGGCUUCAUCAUCUUGAAGUCAUUGAUGGAUCACACAAUUAUUGUGAUUAUGUAAACCCACACUUCUUUGAUGAUUUUAUAUCUUUGAGAAUACUGAACAUAAGCUUCAAUUAUCUUGGCUACACAUUACAUAAUGAAACAUUUCGUAAACUAUUCAAGCUUGAACAUCUGGAUCUAUCAAAUAAUAAACUGAGUACAUUUCCAAGAGAUGUUUUUAGGGGCUUAGAAAAUCUUCAGUACUUGAGUGUUGGGUCCAACUUUUUGAAUACGUGGAAUGCCAACAUUGGGGACCUGAUAAACUUGGAACUUUUAGAUCUCUCCGAUAAUCUCUUUGAACAGCUUGAUGCAACCUUUAGAAAUCAGAUUGAUGACAGUGGGAGCAAAGGACUGAAAAUGAAACUUCAUAAAAACCCAUGGAAAUGUACAUGUGAGACACUGAGCUUCUUGAAGUGGCUGGACAGUGAACGAAGCAGAGUAUACAAUGUUCAAGACCUACUGUGUACAGGGUCAAAUGGUUGCAAGAAAAACAUGAGCAACCUACAAGAUAUCAUAAUGGAACUGGAGAAGAGCUGUGCAUCCUACACUUGGGUGGCGAUUGGGAUGCUCAGUCUUAUCAUGCUGGUGUUGGCAUUUGCCGUGACAAGCAUCGUGUACAGAUACAGGUGGAAACUGAGGUACCUCUACUACGUUGCCCGAAACCGCCACAGAGGCUACCUGCCUGUAGAAGAGGAGGAACAGGAGUUCGAGUUUGAUGCCUUCAUAUCCUACGCUGAUGAGGACCGUGGACUUGUAGUUAGGAACAUGAGGCAGAGGCUUGAGGAGAUGCAAGGUCUAAAGCUCUGUAUUCAUCACCGAGACUUUCUCGCUGGGGAAGCUAUCGCUGCCAACAUCCUGAACGCCGUGAAAUCCAGCAGGAAGACGGUGAUUGUCCUAUCAAGACACUUCUUGAAGAGCUACUGGUGUAAGUACGAAGUGGAGAUGGCUAAGAUGGAGAGUAUCUACACAGGACGGAACACCCUGCUGGCUGUUGUACUGGAGAACAUCCCUGUGAAGGACCUGACCCCUGACAUUGUGGAGUUGAUGCGUCAAGAUUCCUAUGUAGAGUACACGGAUGAUCAGGAUGGUCAAGAAGUGUUCUGGCAGAAUCUCGAGCGGGCAAUACGUAGCUUAUAGAAAAAGAAAAAUGCGACGAUUUUUGGAGUCACCAGCUUUAAAGUGUACAUUUGUAUUCUCAUGCCAGCAUUUUCUACUCUUUUACCUAGUGUUUUGUCUACUGAACUAGAAGUUAUUUCAUAAGGUAAAAGUUCAUGAGUUUUUGUACUUUUGUAGAUACGAGUAUAGCAAUAUAGCUAUAUUUGUAGUUGUAUUUAGUACAAUAAUUGUGUCUCAAAGUUUGUGAGUGAGUGAGUUCGGACUAAAGGUAUUUUCAAAUCCUGAGUUUGUAAAUAAAACGGGUGCAACUAAAUUAAGUGAGUUUUAAUUCACAUUCUGAGCAGACAUUUCUGCAAAAGGAUUACCUUUUGUCAAGAUCUUUGUAUCCUGGACAACUCUUUUCAGAUACCACUUGAGUAUUUCAGUAACGUCUAAUUUGAUCCCAAAUCCUAUUGAAUAAUGCAUAGGAAAUAGUAAAGUUUAAUGCUAAUGUCCCUUCAUUGCGAUAGUUUGUUGACUGUACAACCAAACAAAGCGUGUA